UAAGAACAGUAGGCAAAAUUAAGAGGUGAAAAUAUACCAAAUUAUUAGGGUGAGGCGCAUUGAACACCGUUUGGGUCUUUGCGUGUCAAAAAAGAUACACGUCAUACAACACUAUUUGACAAGUUAAAUCAGCUUUUAACUUGACACGUCAAAUAACACAUUUCUAUUAUAGAAUGUUGUGUGUGCUGAAUUUGCACGUGCAAGCCAAGUUCCACCACUACGAUCAGUAGCACUGUCAAAGCUGUCCAAAAAAAGUUGGCAAACAAGCACACACCGGCCACGAACAAUGUGUUUACAAUACCGCGUUGGUGAAAAUAGACCAAAUGAUUAGGGUGAGGCACAUGGCCUACUAACUGCUUAUUUCACAACACGCUUAGUGUUACAUUUCUUAGCUACAGCAUACAUACAGUUUAAGUCGGAAGUUUGCAUACACCAUAGCCAAAUACAUUUAAACUCAGUGUUCAACAAUUCCUGACAUUUAGCCUUCCACAAGCUUAAUAAGAUGUGUGAACUUUGGCCCAUUUCCUCCUGACAGAGCUGGUGUAAGCCUCUUUGCUCGCUCACAGUUUUUCAGUUCUGCCCACAAAUGUUCUAUAGGAUGAGGUCAGGGCUUUGUGAUGGCCACUCCAAUACCUUGACUUUGUUGUCCUUAAGCAAUUUUGCCACAACUUUGGAAGUAUGCUUGGGGUCAUUGUCCAUUUGGAAGCCCCAUUUGCGACCAAGCUUUAACUUCCUGACUGAUGUCCUGAGAUGUUGCUUCCUCAUGAUGCCAUCUAUUUUGUGAAGUGCACCAGUCCCUCCUUCAGCAAAGCACCCCCACAACAUACUGCUGCCACCCCUGUGCUUCACGGUUGGGAUGAUGUUCUUUGGCUUGCAAGCCUCCCCCUUUUUCCUGCAAACAUAACGAUGGCCAUUAUGGCCAAACAGUUCUAUUUUUGUUUCAUCAGACCAGAGGACAUUUCUCCAACAAGUACAAUUUUUGUCCCCAUGUGCAGUUGCAAACCGUAGUCUGGCUUUUUUAUGGCGGUUUUGUAGUAGUGGCAUCUUCCUCGCUGAGCGUCCUUUCAGGUUAUGUCAAUAAAGGACUCGUUUUACUGUGGAUAUAGAUACUUUUGUACCAGUUUCCACCAGCAUCUUCACAAGGUCCUUUGUUGUUCUGGAAUUGAUUUGCACUUUUUGCACCAAAGUAUGUUCAUCUCUAGGAGACAGAAUGCGUCUCCUUCCUGAGUGGUAUGACGGCUGCGUUUUCCCAUGGUGUUUAUACUUGCAUACACAGAUGAACAUGGUACCUUCAGGCGUUUGGAAAUUCCUCCCAAGGGUGAACCAGACUUGUGAAGGUCUCCAAUUUUGUUUUCUGAGGUCUAGGCUGAUUCCUUUUGAUUUUCCCAUGAUGUCAAGCAAAGAGGCACUGAGUUUGAAGGUAGGCCUUGAAAUACAUACAAAGGUACACCUCCAAUUGUGUUAAUUAGCCUAUCAGAAGCUGCUAAAGCCAUGACAUUUUCUGGAAUUUAUCAAGCUGUUUGAAGGCACAGUCAACUUAGUGUAUGUACAUUUCUGACCUACUGGAAUUAUGAUGCAGGGAAUUAUAAGUGAAAUAAUCUGUCUGUAAAUAAUUGUUGGAAAAAUUACUUGUCAUGCACAAAGUAGAUGUCCUAACCAACUUGCCAAAACUAUAGUUUGUUAACAUGAAAAUUUGUGAAGUGGUUGAAAAACAAGUUUUAAUGACUCCAACCUAAGUGUAUGUAAACUUCUGACUUCAACUGUAUCUCCCUUGUAUAUUUCAUUAUUUAUGCAGCAGCAUGCAAUACAUGUUUGGACUCGCCUUGUGAAGGCGACGCAGCGUUCCUUUGUGGGCAAGUUUUGUUAUCAAGGUCUGGCAUUCUCUGGAUUCAUGGUGGGAACUUGGGGGGAGAAAACACACAGCCACUCCAUUGAAUAGCAGGGAAGAAAACCAAGUGACGAAUCCACAGAUGACUCUGAGGAAGAGGACAGCGAGGAGGAGCCUAAGCUGAAGUAUGAGCGACUGGCCAAUGGGGUGACUGAGAUUCUCCAAAAGGAUGCUGCCAGCUGUAUGACUGUCCAUGAUAAGUUCCUUGCACUGGGCACUCACUUUGGGAAGGUUUUCCUUCUGGACAUCCAAGGAAAUCUCACUCAGAAGUUUGAAAUUAGUCCAGUGAAGAUCAACCAGAUCAGUCUGGAUGAGAGUGGAGAGCAUAUGGGGAUCUGCUCUGAGGACGGCAAGGUUCAAGUGUUUGGACUCUACACGAGGGAGGGCUUCCAUGAGAACUUUGACUGUCCUGUCAAAGUGGUGGCGUUACACCCUCGGUUCAGCAGUUCAAACUACAAACAAUUUGUCACCGGAGGCAACAAGCUGCUGCUGUACGAGAAGAACUGGCUGAACCGCUGGAAGACGUCCACUCUGCACGAGGGGGAGGGCACCAUCACUAACGUCCAAUGGAGGGCCAAUCUCAUCGCCUGGGCCAACAAUAUGGGGGUGAAGAUUUAUGACAUCAGCACCAAACAGCGAAUCACCAACGUCCUGCGGGAUAACGUCAGUCUGCGGCCUGAUAUGUACCCCUGCAGUCUGUGCUGGAAAGACAACUCCACCCUCAUCAUCGGUUGGGGCUCCUCUAUUAAGAUCUGUGUUGUGAAGGAGAGGGGCCACACAGAGUUGAGAGACCUUCCUAGCCGUUAUGUGGAAAUUGUGUCUGCGUUUGAAACAGAGUUCUUCAUCAGUGGCCUGGCGCCUCUAGCAGACCAGCUGGUCACCCUGUACUUUGUGAAGGAGAACUCUGAUCACAUGGAGGAGGAGUUCCGAGCGCGGCCUUGUCUGGACAUCAUCCAGCCUCUUCCAGAGGGCUAUGAGGAAAUCUCAUCAGAUGCUCUGACCGUCCGCAACUUCCAGGAGAACGAGUGUCGAGACUACCGACUGGAACAUUCCGAGGGAGAAUCCCUCUACUACAUCAUCAGCCCUAAAGACAUUGUGGUGGCCAAAGAGAGAGACCAAGAUGACCACAUUGACUGGCUGCUGGACAAGAAGAAGUAUGAGGAAGCUCUGAUGGCUGCCGAGAUCAGCUUCAAGAACAUUAAACGCCAUGAAGUCCAGAAAAUUGGGAUGGCCUACAUCAAUCACCUGGUGGAGAAAGGUGACUAUGACACCGCUGCCAGGAAGUGUCAGAAGGUGCUGGGAAAAAACAUGGAACUCUGGGAGAAUGAGGUGUACAGGUUUAAAACCAUUGGGCAGUUGAAGGCCAUCAGUCAGUACUUGCCUAGAGGGGACCUGCGUCUCAGACCUGCCAUCUAUGAGAUGAUCUUACACGAGUUUCUAAAGUCAGACUAUGAGGGCUUUGCCACCUUGAUCCGUGAGUGGCCAGGAGAGCUCUACAAUAACAUGACCAUUGUUCAGGCAGUCACCGACCACCUCAAGAAGGACCCCAUGAACAGCACCCUGCUCACCACACUGGCUGAACUGUAUACAUAUGACCAGCGGUAUGACCGAGCCCUGGAGAUCUACCUGAGACUGAGGCAUAAAGAUGUUUACCAGCUGAUCCACAAACACGACCUCUUCUCCUCCAUAGAAGACAAGAUUGUGCUCCUCAUGGACUUUGAUAAAGAGAAAGCUGUCGACAUGCUCCUGGAUAACGAAGACAAAAUAUUGAUUGACAGAGUGGUGGAGGAACUCAGGGACAGGCCUGAGCUACUACACAUUUAUCUCCACAAACUAUUCAAGAGGGACCACCACAAGGGUCAGCGGUACCAUGAGAGACAAAUUGGCCUGUAUGCUGAAUACGAUCGGCCCAACCUACUGCCAUUCCUGAGAGACAGCAUCCACUGCCCACUAGAAAAGGCUCUGGAAAUUUGUCAGGAGAGAAGCUUUGUGGAGGAAACUGUCUUCCUGCUCAGCAGAAUGGGGAACUGUAGACGGGCUCUUCAGAUGAUUAUGGAGGAACUGGAGGAUGUGGACAAGGCCAUAGAGUUCGCCAAGGAGCAGGAUGACGCUGAGCUGUGGGAGGAUCUCAUCUCGUAUUCCAUCGAUAAGCCACCCUUCAUUACUGGUCUCCUCAAUAACAUUGGGACACAUGUGGAUCCCAUUUUACUCAUCCACCGCAUAAAGGAGGGCAUGGAGAUUCCUAACCUCAGAGACUCACUGGUCAAGAUCCUCCAAGACUACAACCUGCAGAUCUUGCUCCGGGAGGGUUGUAAGAAGAUCUUGGUGGCUGACUCGCUGUCACUGCUCCAGAAGAUGCAUAGGACUCAGAUGAGAGGGGUCAGGGUGGAUGAAGAGAACAUCUGUGAAUCCUGUCACGCUUCAAUAUUACCAUCAGAUAUGGCCCAGAACUUCAGUGUGGUGGUCUUCCACUGCAGACACAUGUUCCACAAGGAGUGUUUACCUUCUCCUGGAACGAUUCCUGGGGUCCAGUUUUGCAACAUCUGCAGUGCGAAGCGGAGAGGGCCAGGAAGUGGAAUACUGGAGAUGAAGAAGUAACAGGAAAUGCUCACCUUCCCUUGCCAUCACUUCAUCUUUCCCCAAUUGGAGUGAAUGGUAAUCUCUGGGUUGAUAGAUUUUAGCUUAUUCCUCUGUCACAGUGUGCUCUGUUGUAUCAAAUGCAUAAUAUGUUGUAAUGUUAAAGGUAGACUCCGCGAUAUGACAUGGAGGCAGAAAGUAAACAGCAUAGUGGGUCAAUGUCCGCAACAACUAAGAGCAUUUGAAGUACGAGGCUCAACUUCUCUGCUGUUUUGGCUCCCUGGCUACAAGGCUGUAACCGUGUGACGCGAACCCAUGCACAUGCGCAGAAACUGUGUGACCGUGUGAGAGCGCAGUCUUGCAUCUCACUCAUUCCAAUAUUUGUGGUGCUGCCUGUGGCCACCUCAUUUUGUUGAGUCUACCUUUAACUGUUACUAAAAUAAAAUAAGAAAUGCUGCUCUAUUUCCUCUUAAUUCUCUUCUUGCAAUUUGCUUUGAACCUCAAUGAUCAAUGAAUUUAGGAUUCCAAAUAAAAGUUUUGAAAUCUCAA